UACGGGAUUACAAACCCCAACUGAACAUAGUUAAACAUAGUAUCCCAAAUCCGGCGCUUCAUUCCGAGUUCCGACUCAGAUCCGGAAAAGCAAGCUUCAACAUCCUGCUCCGAGUUGACUCACCUCUUUCACUCUUCCUCCGUUCUGCGUCGCCGAUUUCCGAUCAGAGGGUUAAAUUUGUGCAAAAAUGAAUUUUCUGAUGAUGCGGUCAAACCAGACUGCAGCUCCAGAGCCACCGCCUGCUCAGGAAAUUCAGGCAGAGAACAAUAACGUGCCAAAACUAAGUACUAGUUUAGAUGCUCUGAUUGCUGAAGAUCCAUUUCAGCAUCCUACAUCUUCUGAGAAUUGCAGUGUAGAGGGCUAUAACCACGGGAAUGAAAACGGAGGUGCUGCUGGGGUGAAUGUGAAGUGCAACCAUGUUGAGGUUACUGAAGAUGAAGGAUGGAUAGUUAUUCCAAAAAAGGAGCUUCCUGAUAAUUGGAGUGAGGCACCUGAUAUAUCUUCCUUGCGCUCAAUGGAUCGCUUCUUUGUUUUUCCUGGUGAACAAGUUAAAAUACUAGCAUGCUUGUCAGCAUAUAGAGAGGAUAUAGAGAUUAUUACACCAUUUAAAGUUGCUGCACUUAUGAACAAAAACGGGGUUGACCAAAACAGCAAGAGUCAAAAUGGCAGUACUGUUAAUGCGACUAAUCCUGUUUCUGAUGGAGCAAAACUAAAUGAUGGUGAGUAUAUGAAUCAGAAUGGUACUGUGAAACAGGGAAAAUAUGAUCUUAAAAAAGAAGCUUCAGCUGGUGAAUCUCUUCUGAGAAGGGAGGAUCAUAGGAGACAGACGGAAUCCUUGCUGCUAAGAAUGAAAACUUCACACUUCUUUGCUCGAAUAGCUGAGCCAGAUGAGGUACUGUGGACAAGAAGAAAAGCUACAGAAGAUUCAUCUAAGAUGAUUGGAGAAAAUGUAGCAGCAGAUGACUUAGAAACUCAAAAGACUACAAAAAAGAAACUCUCUCUAAGUGCUGCAAUUGACAGGGGGAAUUUUGAUGCCAUCACAUCUGGAGGGGUGGCAAGAAAUGCUAUGAAGUCCUGUGCUCUUCCAAAUGGAGAUAUAGUGGUACUUUUACAGGUAAAUGUUGGUGUUGAAUUUUUCAGAGACCCUGUACUGGAAAUUCUCCAAUUUGAGAAAACUCAAGUGAGAAGUUUAUCUGGGGGUCAGGAUUCAACUUACAUAGAUCAAGAUCCUUGUGGUGAGCUCUUGAAGUGGGUGCUUCCGUUGGAUAAUUCUAUUCCUCCAGCACAACCUCCAUCCCCUCAACUAAAUUCUAGUCCAACUAUCCGCACUACAACCACAAGGUCCACUUCAUCACCAGCAACUGGUUCUCAGCUUUUCUCUUUCGGGAACUUCAGAAGUUACUCCAUGUCCUCAGUUCCAUCAAAUACCAUACCGCCGCCAUCUGCUUCAACUCCAAAUUCCAAACCUAAUUUUGAUCCAGAAGAUUGGGAACAAUUUUCAUUUCAGAAGGCAAUCAAGAGUGAACAUAAUGGGACCGAAGGGCUUUUAUCUUUUCGAGGUGUAUCCUUGGAGCCUGAAAGAUUUUCAGUUCAUUGUGGUUUGGAAGGGAUAUUUAUGCCAGGAAGGCGGUGGAGGAGGAAAAUUGAAAUUAUUCAACCAUUAGAAAUUAAGUCUUUUUCUGCUAACUGCAAUACAGACGAUCUCCUUUGUGUUCAAAUAAAGAAUGUUGCUCCAGAACAUACACCAGAUGUUGUUUUGUAUUUAGAUGCCAUAACAAUUGUUUAUGAAGAGGCAUCACAAUGUGGGCCACCUUUAUCAUUACCGAUUGCAUGCAUUGAAGCUGGGGAUGAUCAUUGUUUACCAAAUUUGACUCUCAGGAGAGGUGAGGAACACUCUUUUAUUCUCAAACCAGCCGCUUGCAGUUGGAAAAACUCCAAGGGUCACAGUGAGAAAAGUUCACAGUUAUCGCAUAUAAAAGGUGGAAAUAUAGCAUCAGCAUCACAUCAGUCCUCAAACAUUGAAGGGAGAAAUACUGCUUCAACUGCUGAUAAGUAUGCUAUUCUUGUAUCAUGUGGAUGCAAUUAUACUGAAUCUAAGUUGUUCUUCAAACAUCCCACAAGCUGGCGACCACGCAUCUCUAGGGAUCUGAUGAUCUCCGUUGCAUCUGAAAUGUCAAAACAAACUCUAGUGUCUGAUGAAAGUGGGGCUCAGCUUCCAGUUCAGGUCCUAACUCUUCAAGCAUCAAACUUGACUUCUGAAGAUUUGACAAUGACAGUGCGUGCUCCAGGCUCCUUUACUUCUCCGCCUUCUGUGUUGUCAUUGAGUUCUUCACCAACAUCACCACUGAGCCCCUUUCUUGGUUCUUCUGAGUUCACUGAAAGAUUGAAUAAUGACAAACAAGCUGCUGCUGUGCAGAGGCUCAGCUCAACGUCAGAGAGUAAAGUACAUGAACUGAAAGGUCAUUCAAGGGCAGUUUCAUUUAAUGAGAAGGCCAUUUCCCUACCCAAUGUACUUCCAACUAAUGAUUUGGGCUGCACGCACUUAUGGUUGCAGAGUAAGGUUCCCUUGGGAUGCAUUCCUUCUCAAUCCACAGCAACAAUCAAACUUGAGGUGCUUCCCUUGACAGAUGGCAUAAUCACACUUAAUUCCUUGCAGAUUGAUGUAAAGGAGAAAGGUCUCACGUAUAUACCUGAGGAGUCCCUGAAAAUAUAUGCAACUUCGAGCAUUUCCACUGCAAUGAGGUGAUAUUUCCACAUUGUGAAUGUUAGGUUCGUAUUGGCUUUGAUGGUAUAUGGUUCACAGGGUAAUACAAUUCGACCAAUCUCACCUUCCUCUUCCCUAUAUUUUAUCCAACUAUGAUUUGGUCUAAAUUUGAUGUAUAUCCCUGUUUCACAUGUCACUAUCUGAGAUCAGUAUUUGACAAAUACACUAAAUCGUGAACGGGUAAAGUUUGUUCUCUCAUCAUAGAUUGCAACUAUUUCAUUCACCUUCUGUAUGAUUCACGAUGAGGUCAUACAUACACCCCAUUUGAGUCAGUAUGAUAGUGUCUCCUAUUGUAUAAACCUUCCUCCGUCUAAAUACUCUUUGUAACGACUAUUUGUGCUAUUCAUGUUUAAAAAAUUGCUGUUUUGAUAA